ACAGAAGUAAGUGUGUAAAUAUAUCCAACAAAUUGCAAAUAGAGUUCAAGAUUAACUUGUCUAAGAUUACUGCUAAUGUCAAUACCGAAAGCCAAAUCCAUUAUUUGCAGUACAUCAUUCAUUUUUUUAUUUUCAAAGGAAAACGAUUUGAAUGAUUUGUUUGAUUUUAUGUGUUAUUCCAUAUACUUAAUUCAACAAAAUCAGUGCAGGAAUUGCUACAGCUGGAUAUUUUACCUGCUGAUAUAAAUCUUAGUGGAGUGGUGCCUAAAUUGUGGUGUGGCACAGUGGCAAGUAGCAGUGGUUAGUAGGUUACUUGUGUGGUAGAUCAAGAUAAACUUGAGAUAAUCGUACGACAGUAAGUAAAUUCUUAAUAAAAGUACUUUAAUGUGAAUAACAAAUGGCGAUCAAAAGUAUCUGUUGCUUGGGAGCUGGAUAUGUUGGCGGACCAACUUGUAGUGUAAUUGCAUUAAAAUGUCCCGAGAUUAAAGUCACUGUGGUAGAUUUAAGCAAGGAACGGAUAGCCCAAUGGAACUCUGAUAAACUUCCUAUUUUUGAGCCUGGUUUGGACGAAGUCGUUAAAUUGUGUAGAGGGAAAAACUUAUUUUUUUCGAAUGAUGUGAGCACUGCAAUUUUAGAAGCCGAUUUAAUAUUUAUUUCCGUAAAUACACCAACUAAAGUCAUUGGGAAUGGAAAGGGUAGGGCCGCAGACUUAAAAUAUGUCGAAGAAGCAGCCAGAAUGAUCGCAGACAUCGCAAAAAAUAAUAAAAUCGUCGUUGAAAAGAGCACCGUUCCUGUUAGGGCAGCGGAAAGCAUAGCAAAAAUUUUUAUUGCUAAUCAAAAACCGGGGGUCUCCUAUCAGAUUUUGUCAAAUCCGGAAUUUUUAGCAGAAGGAACUGCAAUAAAUGACCUACUGAACGCGGACAGAGUUUUAAUUGGUGGAGAAGAGUCUGCUGGGGGCAAAGAGGCGAUAGAAAAAUUAUGCAGUAUUUACGAACAUUGGAUACCCAGAAAAAAAAUUUUGACCACAAAUACUUGGUCAUCUGAAUUGUCAAAAUUGGCGGCAAAUGCUUUGUUAGCUCAGAGAAUAUCCAGUAUAAAUUCCUUGUCUGCAGUAUGUGAAGCCACUGGCGCAGAUGUAUCAGAAGUAGCUAGAGCUGUUGGUUUUGAUUCCAGAAUUGGCUCAAAAUUUUUGCAACCAUCAGUAGGUUUCGGUGGGAGCUGUUUCCAAAAGGACAUCCUGAAUUUGGUAUACAUAUGCCAGUGUCUCAAUUUGCCCGAAGUAGCUGCGUACUGGCAACAAGUAAUCGACAUGAAUGAAUAUCAAAAGUCUCGUUUUACGGCAAAAAUUAUCGAAUCACUGUUAAAUACUGUCAGUGGAAAGAAGAUAUGUAUAUUAGGAUUCGCCUUCAAAUGUAAUACUGGAGACACAAGGGAGAGUCCAGCAGUAUACGUGGCGAAAACUUUACUUGAUGAAGGGGCCACUUUAAAAAUCUAUGAUCCCAAGGUUGAAGAAAUCAGAAUAUUCGAGGACUUGACUCAUCCAACGAUUUGCGAAUCACCGGAAGAAAUUCGGAAAAACGUCUUGGUCUGUAAGGAUGCUUAUACAGCAUCAGAAGGAUGCCAUGCAGUUGUUGUUUGUACCGAAUGGAGUGAAUUCACGACGCUAGAUUAUAAGAAAAUUUAUGAACGUAUGAUGAAGCCAGCAUAUAUUUUUGAUGGCAGGAAGAUGCUGGAUCAUGAAGCCCUCAUUAGUAUUGGAUACCACGUCCAAACUAUAGGCAAGCGACUUGGAAAGCCUCUAGUUACCAGGAGUUGGAGCACAAAUUCAAUCGCAUAAGAUUUUUUUCCUAAAUUAAUUUUGAAAAAAGACCACAUACUACCAAAGAAAUCUUUUUAACUGUCAAUUUUAGUUAUUUAUACAAUUUUUGUUAUAGACUUAGUAAGUUAUUUAGUCGAUAAUUUUAGUCUGGCCAGGACUUGCCAAAAGGCUAAAGAAAUGUCAAGAAAAUGUUAAAGUGUCCACACUGCUAACUUUAUAAAAUAAAUCUGAAUUUUCCAAAAUAUUUUUAACUUGGGAUAUAUGUAUAUGGAAUUAAUCUAAAAAAUAUCCAAAACAAAUACAAUCGUCAAAGUUAACAGACACCACAUGCGUUUAAUAGAUUUAUGAGGUACAAUAUACUUAAACUAGUAAGUAAGUAUAAGAAAUAUAAAAGAUACUUUUUAUGUUUUUAUUAAUUUAUUUUAAAUUAAAUGU